GAGGCAAAAAUCAAGAAUGGUUCUAGUGGGCAGUCGUCAAAAAAAAGAGCUUUAUUUCUUGUGGUGGCAAUUAAUGAGAGUAUGUGCUUGGCAGAGACUUGGAGGACAUUCAUUCAGUCUUCGUUUGACCACUCAAGUUUUCUUGGAGGCUUUUUCGGUCCUGUUUGCGAGAUUGAUGUUAUUCUUAAUGAUGCUGAAACACGAAAAACGGCAGAAAUCAAGACGGAAGAUGGUAAAGUUGAAAAGCAUUUCCUCUUCUAUGAUGGAGAAUCUGUUUCGGGAAAGGUGAACGUCUCCCUUAAGCAGCAUGGGAAGAGACUAGAGCACCAAGGAAUAAGGAUUGAAUUUGUAGGACAAAUUGAACUCUUCAAUGACAAAAGCAAUACCCACGAAUUUGUAAACCUAGUGAAAGAACUGGCCUUACCUGGAGAGCUGACCCAAAGCAGAAGCUAUGACUUUGAAUUCAUGCAGGUUGAGAAGCCAUACGAAUCCUACAUUGGUGCCAACGUCAGACUGAGGUAUUUUCUGAAAGUGACAAUAGUGAGACGGCUGUCAGACUUGGUGAAAGAAUACGAUCUGAUUGUUCACCAGCUUGCUACGUACCCAGACGUGAACAACUCCAUUAAAAUGGAAGUAGGCAUUGAAGACUGUCUUCAUAUAGAGUUCGAAUACAAUAAGUCAAAGUAUCACUUAAAGGAUGUGAUUGUUGGAAAAAUUUAUUUCCUCUUAGUGAGAAUAAAAAUUCAGCACAUGGAGUUGCAGCUGAUCAAAAAGGAGAUAACUGGAAUUGGACCCAGUACCACAACAGAGACUGAAACCAUUGCAAAGUAUGAGAUAAUGGAUGGUGCACCAGUUAAAGGGAAGUCACUGUGUGAAUCAAUUCCUAUAAGACUGUUCUUAGCAGGCUAUGACCCAACUCCAACAAUGAGGGAUGUGAAUAAAAAAUUUUCAGUGAGGUACUUCUUAAAUCUAGUGCUUGUAGAUGAAGAAGACAGACGAUACUUCAAACAGCAGGAAAUAAUUCUAUGGAGAAAAGCUCCCGAGAAGCUGAGGAAACAACGAACAAACUUUCACCAGCGAUUUGAAUCUCCAGAAUCACAAGCAUCUGCUGAGCAACCCGAAAUGUGAACUGAUAUAAGGUGAAAAACUUUGCAGUGCUUCAGCAGGUGAAAGAUGGCAGCAGCCUGUGGGAAAAGAAGGCCAAAAUUCCCAUUACAACUGUCUUCCUUCAUCUUGCAGUGCUGCAUUUGCCGUACUAUUAAAGCGUUCUUCAGUUAAACAUUCAAGUAUGUAUAUACAUUUAAAAUAAAGUGCUUUCUCAAA